AUGUUGCGAGCCUACCAGCGUCAUCGGAUGAGGCCGGCUGGUGACGGCGACGCCCCGCAAGCGCCGAGUACACCGCGUGUUGACACGACGCCUUUCCUCAUCCAUCCUCGAGUCUACAUUCUCGAGACUAGCUCAGGAGCAUUCUUAUGCCCCGGCUCAUCACUCCUCGCCCACGACACCUCAUCCCCAUCGCCUGCAUUCCUCUUAUACCCGUCUUCGCACCCCGUCUCUACCGUUUCUCUUCUUCCCUCAUCUUCCCCAACAUGGCCAACGCUACCUGUGAGUCACCCUCCUUCUCCAUCACUGACCCCAGACCCCAAGCCGCCCAUCAGCCCGCCCAACUGGCAGUACACCCCGGAGCAGAUCACCGAGGCCAUCGACAAGGUCUGCGCUAGCGACAAGGCGCAGGCUGACGAGCUCGUCGCUCUCCCGGAGGACAAGCGUACGUUCGAGAACGGCGUGCGCCCGCAGAUCUUCUCUGGCGGCCACGACAGCUGGAUCGACUCGCCUGCCCUCUUCCUCCAGCACGUGCACCCCGACGAUGCCAUCCGCAACAGCUCUAUCGAGGCGGAGAAGAAGAUGACCGAGUUUGGCCUGAAGGAGAGCGCACGUGAGGACGUCUACAAGGCGCUCAAGGACGUCGAGGCCAAUGUCGAGAAGAAUGGCGAGAAGCUCAACUCCGAGGAGAAGCGUUUCCUCGAGCGCAUCCUCCGUGACCGCCGCCGCCUCGGUCUCGCCCUCGAGCCCGAGAAGCGCGAGAAGCUCCUCGAGCUCAACACCAAGCUCUCCAAUCUCCAGGUCGACUUCCGCCGUGCCCUCAACGAGGAGAAGGGCUCGUUGCUCUUCACCCGCGAGGAGCUAGACGGCGUCCCCGAGGCUUCGAUCGACGGCUACGAGAAGGAGGGCGACAAGUACAAGGUCACCUUCAAGACGCCGGACAUUGUCCCCAUCUUGUGA